AAUUGCUUGUUCUGUUAGCAGCAGUAGGUGUGAGGACGAUAUACGAAGUACCUGUUAUUUUGGCAUCAAACGAAAAUAACAGUGCAGAAUCUUCGUCGGCCACCAUCACUUGAUGUUACGGUGCUCCUACCGCUGUGAAUUACGGCACCAAUUUUUGUGAACUUCGUUCUAGUUUAUACCAACAAAACCACCUAUCUGGAGAAACUUCAUAUUUUUACAAUGUUUCAUAGAGAAAUUUUUGUGCCUCUAGUGACCGCCGGUAUUUUCCUCGUUGUUUCGGUAUUUAUAACCUCCGUCCGGGCCAAAGAGUUGGUUACCGGGGGCUAUCGCCUGUCAUUAGCCGAACGCCGAGCACUAGCAUCGGCUGGUAUCGGACACACGUACGGCACGCCAUAUGCAGCCUCCGCACUGAUUCCGAUCGCCACUGGUUCUCGCAUUGCCCCUAAGGUCGGCUUGCAUCCUGUAAAUGCUGCUGCUCCGAUCACUUUAAGUCCGAAGGUUGUGGCCAAGUCGGUGCUAUAUGAGACUCGCGUAUAUCAUGCCCCUGUGGCAUCGUACGCCCACGUCCCCGCCCCAGCUGCCUAUGGACCUAUAGAAAGUCCGGCGGUUGCCAGUGUUCCAGUACUGGCUGCACAUGUCGCUGUGCCUGCUACGGGUAGUAACCCUGUAUUCACUGCAUCUGCGAUUGCCUCCAUGGCAGCUCCUUUUGCCGCUGCCAACGUCCCGGUAACCGCCGGCCCGGUAAUUGCCAAAGGCUUCGCAUAUGAUAGUCAUGCGGCUCACGUCCCAACAAUCGGUCCCGUCGCCGCUACCGGAGUUCCAGCUGAACCAGCCAAACUCGCCGUCCACAGCUCCUACUAAAAUGUUUGCCUGGUGGACGAAAAGAUUAAGGGCAGCGGCGAUCCAUUGGACGGUUUCACUACGGAUGUGUCGUAUUUAAAGGCGUAUGAAACUUAGUGUUCUCACUGCACUCACGUGCAGAAAAACAUGCUUAGAUUUAUUUAUGUUUUGUAACUACCAUAUACAAUGCACAUGUUAAAGAUAAUGAUGUUCGAUGUUAUUAUAGCUACAUAAAUGUCCGGAAGAAUGCAAAAACUUGUUAGCAAUGAUUUGUGUCGUUAUUUGCUGGAAAUUGAGUAAACGCGUACGAAUAAAUACAAUUGCACGCUCUGAACGAUGUUUAUUUUUACUAUACAAUUAGCUGAAUUAAAUUGAUUGCUAAUUGCCUAGGUUGCAAAAGUGCUAAGAAGCUUCUAAGCAACCUAGAAUUCCGUAGGGCUCUUCUGAAGCCGA